UACGGUUGUAACGGAGUACUGGGGCUUGGUCUUGAAGUUUUCAGAUGCAUCUGUAGAUGAAUCAUAACACCAUCAAGAUGUCGGGACGAUCAGGCCGCGCUGAGACCCGAAGUCGGGCUAAAGAUGACAUUAAAAAGGUGCUGGCGGCAAUCGAGAAAGUGCGCAAAUGGGAGAAGAAAUGGGUGACAGUUGGAGACACAUCCCUGCGCAUAUUUAAGUGGGUGCCGGUAACAGAAACAAAGCAGAUAUAUCGUACCAAAUCCACAGGUGGAGAUGUUAGAGGGCUGAAAGAUGUGGUCUUAGAAAACACUAAUUCUCUUCUGGAUUUUGCUGAUGAAAACAGCAACCAGAGUUUCCUGUCGGACGUUUAUCAGCCUAAGAUGGAUAACAGCAGCAGCACAUCUAGCUCACAGCAAGUCAGCCCUCCACAUUCAUCCAGCCUCCGGACUGAAGACUCUCAACCACCGAUGCUGGGCCAGGAAAGUGUGGAUGAAUAUACCCCUUGUGUGAAUGCAGAGCCAGUUCAUUCCGGACAGGAUGGGGCCGAUGAGCCUCCAACUCUCAUCAAAGAGGACCUUCUAUCAUCAGGAACUGUCAGACGGAGCACCCCAGACACACAGGUGUCUUAUGAAAACAGAAUGAAGGACCACAACCUCGAAGAUGUGGAUGAAUCAGGUGCUCCCCCUUUAAAGAAGAUUUGCACAGGAGAAAAUUCUGUUCUUAGAUAGUUUAUUUAUAAUCUGAUUUUGUCCUCAGUUUUUGUCAGAUUUGCUAUGCUUAGGUUCUCUUAUUAAGCAACUAUUACUCAUUGUAUUUCAACAAAUGGAAAACUCAACUACUUACUGUUAAAUCUGUUCUAAAUCAUUUCUUUUAAAAUGAUUAAGAUUUCCGCAAUUUCUGUGACAAGUCAUUUUUAUUCCUCUUGUAGACUGUGUAAUUCUAUUCACAUGCUGUAAAUGGGUCAUUUCUGGAUACAAAUUGCUUCUGACUUAAUGUUUAUGCAGUUGAACUUUACUUUUGCAUGUUGCCCUAUCUUUAUUUGAGUUUUACAGAAUAUUUUGAAAAUGUGUUUAUUGUAGAUUCAUGCAGACUGAUGGUUAGCUGGUUCAUUAUGUAUAAAUAUGAUGCCCUUUCUUGGGCUUUGUUUAGCUUAUCACAUGCAAGAAUAAAUGCUUUUUUUAAUAUUUAUAAUUUGCCUGUUUAUAAUUAAAGGUGCUUAUGUAAACUACAAUAAAUGCAACUGUCAGUGUCAGUGCACUGA